CAACUCCCAGAAAGCAGCGCAAAGGCGAGCGCAGCCCUGGAAGAGUUCCGCACGCUGGCUACGUCAGAGCCGCGCAGAACCGGGAAACGCGGGGCAGAGCAACCAUGACGAAAUUAGCGCAGUGGCUUUGGGCACUGGCGCUCCUGGGCUCUGCCUGGGCGGCUCUGACCACUGGGGCCCUAGGCCUGGAGCUGCCAUCGUCCUGCCGGGAGGUCCUGUGGCCACUGCCUGCCUAUUUGCUGGUGUCUGCUGGCUGCUAUGCACUGGGUACUGUGGGCUAUCGUGUGGCCACUUUUCACGACUGCGAGGACGCCGCCCGGGAGCUGCAGAGCCAGAUCCAGGAGGCCAGAGCCGACUUAUCCCGCAGGGGGAUGCGCUUCUGACACUUUGACCCUGUUCCCGCUGGACGCCCCCUCCCUCCCAUUAAACAGUAGCAAGUUUACUAACUUCAUGUAGUAUGGAGAAUGGGAAUUGCGGAUUGUAUGUACCACCUGUCGAGAAGUGAGAGGCCAAGCAGCCACCUUCCUCAGGUCAUCUGAGCCUUUAUCUUUGCAUCCUGCUGGUGUUCCUCCUGUUUAUUUCAAAGGAGGCGAGGGCCCCUUCUCAAGAUCUAA